AGCAACCCAAAAAAAAAAAAAAAAAAAAAAAAAAAGACAGAGAGAGAGAGCAAAGAAAACACAGUCCUACUUGAUUAACAACAAUGGCGGCUUCUGAUCUCAUUUCUCAAGAACACUACCCUCAAGCCUUUGAAGAUGCUGAAGCUCUCCGAAAGGCAUGCCAAGGAUGGGGCACUGAUGAGAAGGCUAUAAUAUCGAUAUUGGGUCACAGAAAUGCAGAACAAAGGAAGCAAAUCAGGCUAGCUUACCAACAACUUUACCAAGAAGAUCUUGUCAAGCGCCUUGAGUCAGAGCUCACUGGAGAUUUUGAGAAAGCUGUGUACCGUUGGAUACUGGACCCAGCCGAUCGUGAUGCGGUAUUGGCACACGUGGCGAUCAAGAAAUCUGAUGUUGACUCCACAGUGAUCAUCGAGAUCUCAUGCAUUCGAUCCCCCGAUGAGCUCUUGGAAGUGAGAAAGGCUUACCAGAAUCGAUACAAGCAUUCCUUGGAGGAAGAUGUUGCUGCACAUACCAAAGGCGACCUCCGCAAGCUUUUGGUUGGUUUAGUGAGCUCAUACCGAUAUGAUGGAGAAGAAAUAGACAACAGAAAAUUGGGACAUUCAGAAGCUGAGAUUCUUCAUGAGGCAAUCAAAGAAAAGGCAUUCAAUAGUGAUGAAGUUAUUAGAAUCUUGACUACAAGGAGUAAGGCACAGCUCAAUGCCAUCUUCAAUCGCUACAGAGAAGAACAUGCCACUUCCAUCACCAAGAAUUUGUUGGGUGAUUCUCCUCCUAACGAUUUCCAGAAGGCUUUACAUACCACCGUUCGAUGCCUCACUGAUCCCCACAAAUACUUUGCAAAGAUUCUUCGUGAUGGAGUAAAAAAACUUGGGACAGAUGAGGAUUCAGUGACAAGAGUAAUAGUAACAAGGGCAGAAAAGGAUCUGAAGGUAAUCAAGGAGCUUUAUUACAAGAAAAACAGUGUUCCUCUUGAAGAGGUUGUGGCCAAAGAAACUUCUGGAGAUUACAAGAGGUUCCUCCUCACUCUGCUUGGAAAGGAAUACUGAAUUUGAUCUUCUUCAACUUAUGGUUGGAUUAAUGGCGCUUCCUGUUUAAUUUCUCUUUUGAGUACUUAGUUUGUUGCUUAGAAAGACUCUGCUUUUAGUUUGUCUGUCUGGGGUUCUUUUUCUAUGUGCUUUGCUGUGUGACCAUUUUGUUUCUGAAUGGUUUUGAAUUCUAUAAACAUUAAAGACUGCUUUUUUA